GUUGACGUAUCGGUGUACACGGUCCUUCAGCGGCGGUGAUCGGUUUAGCAUAGGGAUUUACUGAACGAUAGAGUAGGUUUUUCUGAUCUAGAUACCAUUGUUGCUAGGCGCUUCAGUAGCCGUCGAAGUCUGCCACAUCGGAUGGUAGACCCCAACCUAACCUAACCUAAUGAACGAUGAUUGAUUGCAAUAUUUCAUCCCGCUGGUAGUACAGAAUUGCUACUCGAGACGCAGUGAUGAUGACUACCUGAUUACCAUGAUUUUUUUGCAUAGGGUAUUAACAGUAACUACUAACUUUUCAAAGCUGAACCUGAAGAUGAUGGAUAGAGUUGAAUUCCUGACCUGGUUCUCAAAGGUCGUGGACAGAGAUUUACAUGCUGAUUCAUUUUAAGGGUAGUUUAUCACUAUCCCAUGUGGACUAUGCUGAGUGGGAUGCCCCUGGAUUUAAAGGGGAAAAAACAGGGGGAAAAGGGCAACUCACUCGACUCGGGAAAGGCUACCUCUAAUUACUGCUAAGAACGCGUGAGAAGGUUUUGAAUCAAUUUUUUUUUAACAUGCUGAGUUGAGUGCUACAAUGAAUCAUGUGAAACUCAAGAAAAGUUGAUCCAUUAUAUGCUGCUACGCAGUGUUCACCGUGUCUUUUGCUUCAAAAUUCAAAAAAAAACGAUGAAUGCUACAAGCUAGUAUGGCAAAAUGGAGGAUGAAAUCUAAAUCAGCGAGACCUGCGAGUUUCACUGCUGUCGAAUGAUGAAACUAAAAAUAUAAAACCACGCUCUGGCACUUCUUGACUCAUAGAAGCGUAGCAGAGCGAUGACAAGGGAGAAUGAGAGAGAAAAAAACAAAACGGCGACUAUGGCUCAUUUACCAGUUUAUUUGUUGAUAUCCAAGAAAAAGAUAUAUAAGCGAAGAUCUUCAAGAUGACAUCAUCUUCUGCGUCCUCUACGAUAAUGAAGCCUCGCGCGCACACCCUGAUGAUACCGCCGUCAGGGUUCAAGUUCGUACCAAAGUUACGGCUAUCAACUCAAAGAAUCUCAAGCCUCUGCUUGCUGUGCAAAGUACUACAUUAAGAUGUAGAGAAGAUCUUCUUUAUUCGUCCUCUAAGAAAAGGUGAACUGUGUGGUCAGAUCUUCUUCAUUCUUCCUCUAAGAAAAGGUGAAGUGUGUGGUCAGCCUGGGUGCUUCGAGUGUUACGACAUAUGGUGCGACCGAUGUGAAUCGAAGGAUAGACGCAUCAUAGAACUGGAGAUGAGGAAUAAUGAAUUGGUGAAACACAUCACGCUAUUGCAGUCGAAACUUUUUCCGAUGGCGGAAAAAGCGGCCGGGAGUGCGGCUGGUGGUGGAGGGGGUAGGUGAACUAGAAUUCAAGAGAAACAUACAUUUGGAAUUGGAUUUGGAAAUUUCAGAAAAUGUUUCUGGCCACCACAAGGGGCACGAUACGACUCGCAAGUAUCAGACAAGUGGAAGACAGCAUGAAGGACUAGCCACAAGGAAAUAAGAAGAGAAGCUAUAGCAACAACGACCAAAGGCGCCUAGAUUCUCUAUUCUUUCUAAGUACUUCCAAGAGUGAAUCUGAUCGUAGUUAUGCAGUUGUACAAGCAUGAUAAUAUGGGUGCCAUCACUGGUUUUUCGUUUAUUUCAGUUGACAAAAAUUUGUUACAUUAUGAUUAUUCUUGUACUUGUUUGCCUUUGCGCGUGCGCCAAGGCGAGAAGUCUGAGGGAUACAAG